GCUUUUCUUCUUGAAAGUGAAAAAAAAAAAAAAAAGAAAAAAAGAAAAAACCUUAUUUAUGGAUUGUGCUCCUCUGAUUACCCAAGGGACAAAUGAACUAGUUGAACCCACUGACAAUCCUAAUCAAGUGCCAGCCCGUUUCCUGUGAUAUUGGGCCUCAUUGUCAUUUGAAAUCCAAUCAAAAGUAUGAUUUGGGCCCAUUCAGCAUAUGAUCAGGCCCCUCCCAGAAGCAAAAUGAAGUAGUUUAAUUUGCUCGAGGGGAAAAGAACUAGCAGGGGUUUUGCAACUCGGCAAGUGAAGCAGAGGCAGCAAAAGCGGCAACAUGUACGCAGUGCGAAGGAUGAGGCAGAAGUUGUUGACCAUCCAGAGUCAAUGUCAUAGAAAAUCUUUGUCUACAAGCAAUAAACUAUUGAAAGCUACGGCAAAGUCUUAUUGCUAUAAAUAUGGGGCAUGUCGGUUCUCAACGACAACAGCAGGUCCGAAGCGGGUGGGCACUCACGACGGCAGCUUUCAUUGUGACGAGGCUCUCGCCUGUUUCAUGAUUCGUCUCACCAAAAAAUUCUCAAAUGCCCAGAUUGUCCGUACCAGAGAUUCCCAGGCUUUGGAGAAUCUUGAUGCCGUGGUUGAUGCUAGGGGUGUUUAUGAUCCCACCCGAGAUCGUUACGAUCAUCAUCAGCGAGGAUUUGAGCAAGUAUUUAGCCAUGGAUUUACCACUAAACUCAGUAGUGCAGGCCUUGUUUAUAGGCAUUAUGGUGCGGAGAUAAUUGCAAAGGAGCUUGAGCUUGAUGUACAACAUCCAAAUGUGUAUCGGUUGUUUCUAGCAGUAUAUAAGAAUUUUGUGGAGGCAGUUGAUGCUAUUGACAAUGGAAUUAAUCAAUAUGACACAGACCGGCCACCAAGAUAUGUUAAUGCUACGGGCUUAUCUUAUAGAGUUGGAAGAUUAAAUUUGGACUGGGUAGAUCUUGAUCAGUCAUCUGAGAGAGAGAAUGAAGCCUUUCAGAGUGCAAUGACACUUGCUGGAAGUGAAUUCUUGGAGAGUAUUCAUUUUCAUGCGAAAUCUUGGCUACCAGCUCGAUCUAUUGUGAUGGAGUGUCUUUCAGCAAGAAAUGAUAUUGACUGCAGCGGAGAAAUCAUUGUGUUGACAAUAUCUUGCCCUUGGAAACUCCACAUAUUUGAGCUUGAGGAAGAACUGCAGAUUGAUACUGCCAUCAAAUAUGUCAUUUACCAGGAUGAUAGAAGUGAAAAUUGGCGAUUGCAGGCAGUUGCAGUUUCACCUGGCAGGUUUGAGAGUAGGAAACCUUUACCACUUCCUUGGAGGGGUUUGGAAGGUAACAAACUAUCUGAGGUGGCAGGGAUCCCUGGUUGUAUUUUUGUCCACAUGAGUGGAUUCAUCGGUGCAAAUAAAAGUUAUGGAGGUGCUCUAGCUAUGGCUAGAGCUUCUUUGAAGGCCUAAAGCAUUUACUUAGUGAAUGCUAAAAUGUGUAAAAUCCUCUGUGCCCACCAAGGGUGUCAUACUUUUGUAUCUGUGCUUUGAGGUGGGAUGCGGAAGGCAAUAACUUCUAUUUGUAUGUUCUCUUCAGCUGAGCCUAUUUGUUUGUGAGUUUCUUGAUCCUGGCAAUCUUGUUCUCAUGAGUCUUGGAUAAAGUUGACGAUCCUGACCUUUGGGAUGAGUUGAUAAGAGUGUCUAACCGUGUUUCUUCAAGGUCGUACAUCAAGAAUCACAAAGUUAUUCUCUUUUUGAAGGCGAAAAGCUUCCUUUGCAUCCACACUUCUUACCUAAAAGGAAGAAAUAUUUGUUGUUAGUUCAAAUGGUCUGAACUAGGGAAGUGGAAUCUUCUUUUGUUUGUGCCGUUUUCAUCCUGGCAGUUCACUCAUCUACACAGAUGAGUUUUUUUGUUUUCCCUUAGAAGAACUCAACACAUUCUCAUUCUGUUCAUCUUCUUUUCCAUUCAUGAUCAUUGAUGGGCUUUAUAAUUUCCCACUUUUCACUUCCAUCCUCUUUCUAAGCAGGCAAAAUAAAUGUAUUUUUUUAAACAGUAGGGAACUACUUUUAAGAGUAAUGGCUGUUCAUAUGCAUGUGCAGAUACAUGCCGUUUAAGCUUUAAAUUUUGCUGUUGUUUGCAGUCCUAAAACAACAGGGUGAAACGAUUUAAUUUUUUAUGUUUGUAAAGUGAGUAUGUGUGUUGGUGUGCACGCACGCGUCAAAACAUGCAUACGUGUAAGAGAGGGGGAGAUCAAUACCCUUUUCUCCGAGAGAAGUUCUCUCUUAGUCUUCCAAUCUUCUUCAGCUAAUCCCUCCAAAAGAGGAGAAGGAAAUUAAAGUCAGGGUACGUCAAUUGUUUUGAGUAUCAACCCUUGAGGUUCUAUUCAUCUUAUAAUCAAGGUUUGGUUAGAACAAUAGUACCUGGUGAUUUUGCAGGCUUUGUUGCUGCACAUCGGAUAAUUAAGCCCCUUGGAUUCUGGUAAGUCAAUCUUUGCUUUGAUGCUUGACCAGAUCUUACUG